CACUACUCUGCCCUGACCUUUGGAAAGAGACGGAGCUGCUUCCACAGACAGAACAAGUCAAACAUGGACGCACACAGAGUGUCGAACCACAACCAAAUGGAUUAUAACUUAGACAACAUGGAGCCCAAACACGGGAAAUUGCUGCCUUGCCCGGAGGACCGUUUUGACAGCGGCCUGGAUUCCCUAAAAGAGGACGAGCUGGUGAACGAUUUUGUGGAAUUGAACGUGAGAACUUGCGAGGACCAGUCGCAGGAAUACGAGCCUUGGAGAGCUGCACUGACGGAGGACGGUGACACGCUGCUCCACUUGGCCAUCAUUCAUGAAGCCGCUGAACAUGCCUUUCAGAUGAUCAAACUGUCCCACAACCACCCUUUCCUCAACGUACAGAACCACCAGAGACAGACUGCCCUCCACCUGGCAGUGAUCACAGAGCAGCCCCAGCUGGUGGAGAGACUCCUGAAGGCCGGCGCCGACCCGCUGCUGGCCGACGACAGCGGCAACACAGCUCUCCACAUCGCCUGCAAAAAGGGCUCCUUGGCCUGCUUCGGCGUCAUCACCCAGAUCUGCCAGCGCCACCUCACCUCCAUCGUGUCCUUCCCCAACUACAGUGGACACAACUGUCUCCACUUGGCGUCCAUCAACGGUUACAUUUCCUUGGUGGAGAGCCUGGUCCAGCUGGGUGCAGAUAUCAAUGCACAGGAACAGUGCAGUGGGAGGACGGCGCUCCACCUGGCUGUGGAUCACCAGAACCCAACGCUGGUCUGCCGGCUGCUGGAACUGGGCGCCGACGUUAACUGUUUGAACUACGGCGGCUUCACGCCCUACCAUCUGACCUACGGCCGCCAGAACGAAGAGAUCCGCUGCCAGCUGUUUGAGAGGACGGCUCAGGAGCUGAGAGAGCUGCCUGACAGCGAAUCAGAUGAGAGCGACAUGGAGUAUCUGGACACGUCGGAAGAUGAGCUGUACGAUGACAUAAAGUUUGGAAAGUAAACCCAACCAUCCCUCCACGUCUGAACAUCUAGCUGCUACCGGGUUUGCCGAGCAACGGCGCCCCCCAACUGGGGACAAACCAGUCCACGUCCCCCCCGUCCAAGGUUCAAGUCCACGGGUGCUGGCCCUGGGAAACAAGAAUGAAGAUGGCGCCCAGUCCGGUCAAGAUCACUGAAAGAUCUGCACCAUAAGAAAACACAAACUAGCAGGACCAUGCCUUCCAUUUGGUCUUUGUGUGACUGUAUAAAUAUAUGAUAAUGUGUAUAUACCAGACGAGACGUGUAAUAUAUUGUAAAUACAGAGAUAUUAUUUUUGUACUUGUACAUACGUGUGAAUUUAAACACUAUUAACAAAAAGUGUUGAAUAAAUAAAAAGGAGUUUAUGAAUAUGAA